AUGAUUCUGCCAGUGCUGUUCCUGUGUCUCGCAGCUGUGCUGCCUCUGUCCACUGGAGAGGAACCUGAAGGUUUCGAUAUUCUGUCAACUAGCAAAGCAGAUCAGCAGAAGCUGAUUGUUGACAGACAUAAUACUCUCAGGAGAGGAGUACAACCAACUGCCAGCAACAUGAUGAAGAUGGAAUGGUGUCCUCUGGCUGAAAAGAAUGCCCAAAAAUGGGCCAAUCGAUGUACUUUAAGUCACAGUCCUGCUAACAUGAGGAAAACCACUGUACAAUGUGGCGAAAACCUCUUCAUGUCAUCUGCCCCUUUCUCAUGGUCAGAUGUUAUUCAGACCUGGUACAAUGAGAAGAAAAAUUUCCAGUAUGGAAUUGGAGCAAAACCACCAGGUGCUAUGAUUGGCCAUUACACUCAGGUGGUUUGGUACAAUUCUUAUCAAAUUGGAUGUGCCGUCGCUUUCUGUCCGAACAGUAAAUACAAAUACUUUUAUGUCUGCCAGUACUGCCCCAUGGGGAAUCUACAAAGUUCAAUUCGGACACCCUACAAAAAAGGAAAACCCUGUGGUGAUUGCCCUAAUGCUUGUGAGAAUGGCUUAUGCAAAAAACUUUGAAAGUUUGAAGAUGUUUAUUCCAACUGUUUGGCAAAGUCUCCUGCAUGUACCCAUAGCUUCAUCAUUCACUGCCCUGCUUCCUGCCAAUGCACAACUGAAAUAAAAUAA